CCUGGAUGUGCUCGGUUCUGACGGUCUUUACUACCUUCCUUGCUCUGGUCUUCCUAUUUUCCAUUCUUCGCUCGUUUGCCGCGCGCAGUGCCGGUGCCGAUGGCUGCGGUGUCCCCAUGAUGAGCCCCACGUUCAUUCGCAUGGUUGGGUUCGAUACGGAACACACGCGUUUCGCCAGUAAAUACAAUCUUUACCUCUACCGCGAAGAAGGUGUUGAUCCAUACAGCCAUGAAAAUAUUGGGCUGAAUGGGGCUCCCGUGCUUUUCCUCCCCGGGAACGCGGGAAGCUAUAGGCAAGUGCGCUCCUUGGCCGCAGAGGCGUCGAGACAAUAUUACGGCAACAUCGUCCAUGAUCAGGACCGUUUGAAGAAGGGUACUCGGAGCUUGGAUUUCUUCAUGGUGGAUUUCAACGAGGAUAUGGCGGCAUUCCACGGACAGACGUUGCUAGACCAGGCGGAAUAUGUCAAUGAGGCAGUGGCUUAUAUACUCUCGCUCUACCAUGAUCCUAAGCGAUCGAGGAGGGACCCGGCGCUGCCCGAUCCCAGUGCGGUGAUAAUCAUUGGACACUCCAUGGGUGGCAUUGUGGCUCGUACGGCAUUGACCAUGUCGAACCAUAUGACCAAUUCUGUCAACACCAUAAUCACCAUGUCUGCACCGCACGCCAAACCGCCUGUGUCGUUCGACUCGGACGUUGUGAACACCUACAAGCAGAUUAACGAUUACUGGCGGGAGGCGUACUCCCAAACUUGGGCCAAUAAUAAUCCCCUGUGGCACGUAACCCUCAUAUCCAUAGCGGGUGGCUCCAGAGAUACAGUUGUUCCUUCCGAUUAUGCCAGUAUAUCGUCUCUCGUUCCCGAUACACAUGGUUUCACCGUAUUUACUUCGACGAUUCCAGACGUCUGGAUCGGAAUGGACCAUCUGUCUAUUACAUGGUGUGACCAGUUUCGCAAAGCAAUUGUCGGAUCGCUUUUUGACAUUGUUGAUGUUAGAAGAGCUGGUCAGACGAAGCCACGGGCUGAAAGAAUGCGGAUUCUGAAAAAGUGGUAUCUCACGGGGCUAGAGUCUGUUGCAGAAAGGACACUUCCACAACAAGCGCCAAACACUCUAUUAAACCUCGAAGAUAAUACCAAUACGAUCCUAUCCCAGGGGCAACGACUUGUUCUUCGCGAACUGGGAUAUCGCCAGGCCCGUGAUGUACACCUGUUACCCAUCCCUCCUCAGGGAGUGUCGGGGAAGAAGUUUACACUCCUUACAGAUCAGCGAUUAGACGAGCGUGGUGAUGGGAGCAAUCUCGAGAUUCUCUUUUGCAGUCUGUUCCCGCUUCAAAAUGGUCAUUUUGCGGACUUGUUCUCCAUGAACAUGGACUUCUCGGGGGAUAAUGUCGGCUCGACACGCUUGGCUUGCAAGAACGCGGCCGAUGAUACUAUCCAUCUUCCAGCUUCGACUCGCUUGUCCAAGUACGCUUUCGACCGAGUUCCUCCCUUUUCAUACCUCCAAUAUGACCUGGAAGAUCUUGCGGAGCACCAGUUUGUCGCCGUAGUGGACAAGGCCAACUCCCCGACGCAGGGCUGGGUCGUAGCGGAAUUUUCGGACAGUUCGGACUCAGUCAUCAGGGCUCGAGUAGGCCUAGGAGGUCUGCUUAGUGCUGGCUUGAACAUGCGGCUUCCAGCGUCCCGACCCAUGGUUACGGAAGUGAAAAUACCGGCGCUGUAUUCAAGCCUACUGGACUACAGACUCAAGAUUGUCCGUCGAGGUCUCGAUGGGAAGAAGGAGCUCUUUGCUCCGCUCCUAAGGCAGUCGCUGCCCGAUCCACACGAGACCAAGUUCUUUGUCAAUGUAAAUGAGGUCGAGGUUAACCUUCAUGGGUUAGCGCCCUUUAUUCCUCCGCCUCUUCGUGAGCAAGCGAUGCUAGGAGGCGUGUCGUUCCAGCUUUGGACUGAUCCGACCAGUGGCGCUUCGGUUGACAUUUCGUUGAAGGUCGACAUUGCGGGAAGCCUUGGAGAGCUUGUGAUGCGCUAUAGGACGGUGUUUGCUGCCUUCCCCCUUCUUGUUGUUGCGCUUGUCAUACGCAAACAGUUCAAGAUAUACGAUAAAACGGGCUACUUCAUUACAUUCGCGGAGGGCCUGGAUAGUACUCUGCGAUCAUCCUUGCCGGUCUUACUCGCCGCUAUGUCCCUGUUCGCGUCAUCUCUCGCUACGUCUAAGAAACUGCCCCCGACCGACGAUCCGUUUCACUGGCGAACAAAUUCAACCGAGACACCUAUCGACUUCACGAAAAACGACCUCCUUCUGGGGUCAGAUGAUGCGUUUUUCUGGUUUUUGGUUCCCGUGUUUGGGUUAAUUGCUGUCGGAGUAUGCGUAAUUGUCAAUUACUUGGCACUUGCGAUUCUAUCCUUUUUCUCAUUCCUCUAUGGCCUUUCAAACAGCAUACCCGGUCCCUUCAGACGUGAUGAUAAAGGGAAUCUACCGAUAUUCUCUCCGGCAACCCCGAGGCGAAGGCUGAUCAGUGCCACCAUUCUUCUGAUUCUCGUGUCGACUAUAAUUCCAUAUCAAUUCGCUUAUAUGGUCAGCUGCGUGGUCCAAUUGGCGACAUGUGUACGGGCAUACCGCCAUGCCAAAGAAACCAAAAGCGCUGCGCAUGCCAGCUUUGCUAAUUACGCAUACUCGAUUCUCAUCUUGAUGCUUUGGAUUCUGCCGAUCAACGCUCUUGUACUUUUAGUGUGGGCGCACAACCUCGUUGUUCACUGGUACAUGCCGUUCUCGUCACACCAUAAUGUCUUAUCCAUAAUGCCCUUUAUUCUGCUUGUUGAAACGAUGACAAGUGGAACUAUGAUUCCUAGAGUGCCUACACGAUUAAAGCACGUCACGUCUCUCCUUCUUUUCGCGAUUGCCACCUACUCGGCCAUCUAUGGCGUUUCGUACGCAUACCUCCUUCACCACCUGGCCAACAUCUUUGCUGCCUGGUUGGUUUGCAUAUAUUUCUUCAGUAACGGGAUCCCCGUCCGAAAACUGUGGCGCAUCUUGGAAGGGGAUGACUUCUGCCACACGGAAGAGGAAGGAAGCCAUAUCAAGAAAAAGCCAUAGAUUUUAUGAAAUUUUAAUCGUGUCUUCUGUUGUUAGCUUUUUUUUUUUGCCCCUUCUGUUACUUUUAUCUUUAUUCUUCCUUCACCUAUAUAAACCGGUCCCCUUGGAGGUUUUCAUUUUUUAUUUAUUUCUUCGUCCUUUAUUACUUUUGUUUCAUUCCACUGUUUAUCUAUUUGAGAGCGGUUGUGCCUGGCCUGGCGCCUUGACCUUUUUUCUUCUUUUUAUUUACAUUUGUACUUGUAUUUGUAUCUGUAUUUGUUCCUGUCCAUUCUUCUUCUUCUUCUUCUUCUUCCUUCCAUGUCGAUUCUAGAUAGAAUAUAUGUCUACGAGUAGGAGAUCUACGCUAUAUAGGCGGAUAGAACCUGACGGUUUCGAGUUUGUUCGAUUUGAUCCCUUUUCUUUUCACUAUGUUUUUUAUUUCAUCGGAUGCAUGUCCGAAUCUGACCUCUGAAUUGGGUUGGGUAGUGGGAUAGAUCGAUCAAGGCUGAAUACAUUAAUGUCUAGGACUUGUAAGUUGUGCAUGUACAAUGUAGCUGAUCACUCAUGCCUAUCUAAUCUCAUCUCAUCUUAUCAAUCAACCGGAUCUCCAAGAGAAUCCUUGGAAUAAAGACUACCAUAGACAAGUAUACAAGUGUAGAAGUGCCAUGAUAUAUAUAGAUCUACACCUCCACAGGCCCAACCCUAACCUCACUUCUUCUCACCAACUCCUCAAAUUCCCUCUUCUUAGUCUCCGCCCGCUCCACGGCCCUCCGUUUCACUCCUAGAUCCGCAAAUCGUUUCUUCCCUCCGAACCUCAGUUUGGUAAUCAUAUCUGUUGCCUGGCCCCGCGUCAGUUCCCCGGAGAAGAUCCUUGUAUCCCGUAUCUUGGCUUUGUUGAGCAUAUCUAGUUGAGAUGGAGUCGCCGGGUUUCUCCUCCAUGCCUGUCGGGUGGAAAUGUAUCGGGUCUCGAAUUUCUCUUUGGCAUAUGUGUCUGCGGCAUGGACGGCUGUUUCGAGGUCGGGGGCCGUCGCAACCAGACGCGGGCGUGUGAAGAUGGGAGUAGCACUUUCGGUGGUUGAUUUAAAUUUGAUAACGUGUUUGACAGUGAAGCUCUUGUUAUUUUUGUCGCUGUCUUUCUUUUCGAUGGUGAGCCAACCAGAAAUAUCAGAUAGGAUGUACCGGUUCUCGUCCAGUCUGAUCCAUGCAUUAGGGCUUAGUGAGCGAAUGUACCGCUCUGGUUUCGUGUCUUGGAUUAAAUCAAAUAUGCUGUCAUAUUUGGUGAAUGUAAUUUCCACAUCAUCUUCUUCAGAGAAAUUGACUUCUCUUGUCUCUGCUAUAGCAGUGCCAUCACUGUUCUCUUUUAGCUUUUUGUUCUGCCCCAGAUAUUCAGCGGUUGUUCUAUUCAGGACUUCGUCCGGGUGAAGGCCAAAUAGUGUAGGCGUUGAGAGCACACCCGUUUGCAGCGUGGCAACCAUGUCGAUGAUAUGACAAUCUUUCUUGCCUGGGAACAAACGUAGCCCUCGUCCGAUCAUCUGGAUAAGAAGGUUCUUCGACCUGGUCGGCCUGGCGAGCAAUAUACAGUCGAUAUUUGGAAUAUCCGUACCUUCCGUAAACAGGCCACAGUUCAGCAAUACGGGAUAUUCCCGGUUCUUGAAUGCGUGGAGCUGCUUCGCGCGAAUUUCUUUCGCCGUAGAAGCAGUUAUAUAGCGCGCAUCCACGCCAAAUUCGCGAAAUAUCGCAGUAAGUUGCUUAGCAUGCUCAACAUCCACGCAGAAUACCAAUGUCGACUUGCGGUCAGCCGCAUUAGCGAGCCACGCUCGUACGGUAAUAUUAUUCGUCUUUGCCGUGUUCACGGCCCGAGACAGGGAGCCUGUCGCAAAGUCUCCAAAUUUAUCCUUCUUGACACGAGAUAAAUCUGCCUCUGAUUUCACAGUUGUGAAAACUGCAUUCGCCAACCAUUUCUCGUCGAUCAUGUCAACGUAAUCUUUGUGGUAGACGAUAUGGUCGAUUGCGGCACCCAGUUUAAGUCCAUCGAAGCGGGAGAAGGUAGCCGAAACACCUACGAGGACCGGCGAAACUUCUGAUAAUUUGUUCAGUCCGAAAUAUUCCAGAGCCUCACGAUAGGAUGGCGCUACAAUGUGAUGCGCCUCAUCGACCAAAACAAGCUUGAAUCGGUCCGGAUUGAAUUUUAGGAUUCGAUAUUUGGAUGUCAGGCUCUUUAUGGAUGCGAUGGUAAUAUCCGCUGUCCCUGACGCUUUACUAUUGCCCAUUUCAAUCUCGACGGUUCGGUCCGGGUAGGCAAGACGGCAGUGCCACGCGGCCUGGUCGACAAGCUCUCUCCGAUGAACGAUGAUCAGAGUCUGAUCAGCACCAUCAGAACGCGGAGGAAUUCGUCCAAUAAGCUGUGUAAAAAUGACCUACGAAUGGAUGCAUGCGCUGUCAGCAAACCGCCAUCCUAACCACAAUGGUUUUCAAAGGUUUAAUGACACCAAAUUGCACCACCGCUUGAAUGCAUUCUUCCUGCUGAGAGCGUUGAGCCGAAUCGAGUCAGGGGCCAUGGAGAUCUCCAACAAAGCUUCGCAGCCGCGGUUAGCAUAUGCCAAACGGGACACCACCGCCAUCCAUGCCGUGUGAGCUCCAUGCAGAUGGAGGAGAGAGAAAACGAUCAUGUUAAGUCUCCGUCAUGUGCGCAACAGACUAUACCGGAUUGGGUAAUCGCCUUUGCCCUCCUUAUAUC